GAGGUUAAUUAAUUUCAAAAUUCAACUUACAUGCAAAUCUUUGUCAAACAAUCACACUAUCAACGUGUUGUCAUCUGUCAAAUUGUCAAAAUAUGCAAGUGACACGUAACUUUAUGUAAUUAAAUUACCUAUUUAUGACCUCCAAAUGUGUGAAAACGUGAAAAUUUUCUCUUCUACCGGUCAAUAAUAUAGUAUACAACAUGUCGGAUAAAAGUUUCGGGGACUGUCCGAGCAGGAACAUUGUUAAAAACCCGCUUUUGUCCACCGCCGUGACUGGUCUCUCAAUAGAGGAUUUGACGCAUAACGCAGUUUUAGUCCCAGUUGCGGCUAACCAGGCUUUGAUCACGAGAUCCGAGCACAUCAUUGGAUCCACAGCACACACCCUGGAUCACUCUGACCAUGAAUUCACGAACUUCCCAUCAGGCGAUUCCAACACCAGUGUCCUUCAAGGCACCUACUUAGACCAACACGAGAAGAAAGAGCCAAGCACAACAGUAUCGAAAGUACUUAAAUCCGAUGACGAUUUUGACGUGAACGAAUACUUCGCCCGACUCCAAGGCACACGAUACGUGAGUGCUCCUAUCAACAGCCAGGCAGAUCAAAACGCCAAUCUAGCUGAAACAGAAGACAAUCUUGAAGAGAUUAAUCUGAAUGAGGACAAGAAUGAAGUUCAGCAGAGUUUGACGGCGGAUAUAGCGCAGAAUUUCUCUCAGCUACCGACGGUUUUACCACACGUCGCGAGCGCGGUGUUCAGUUCGUUUUCGAAUAUGUUGAGCUAUAAGAGCCGGGAGCAGACUCCUGAUGAGAGGUACCAGGGAUACCAGGAUACUUAUGGAGCACCCGGGCAGGGUUUCCAAGCGAUGGAUAUACCGGUAGCUCCCGUAAUGGCUGAGGAGGUGAAAGAGGUUGCGCCGCCGCCGAAGGAACCUCCGAUCGGUGGAACAACAAACUACCGUAUUACGACGAGAAAGAAAUACGCUCAAAUACCAGGUCUAAGCUCUGGACACAACACCGAUAAUGUACAGCAAUUAGCAUUUAAUCCACACACACAAAACGUACCUUCAUACUUCGUUCCAACACCUGAAGAUAACAAUCAAAACAUUUAUAAACCUUUAGACAAUUUAGCACAACAAAUUAAACCUAUAGAACAAGGAAUACCUAAUAUACAAGAAACAUAUAACAUCAAUCAAGUAGAUAGUGUUAAAGCAAGCGAUAAUCAACCUAAUGCAUUCAAUGUCACUAAGGAUAAUGCACCAAAUUCCUUUGAAGAGAAACUGCCGCCUGCGCCGUUUGUUUUCCAAGAUAAUGCUAGGAAUACGAUUCCACCUCCUCCAAUGUUCUCGUCGCAGAAGAAAGAAAGUACGGCAGCUAAGUCUGUUCUUCCUCCGUCGGUAGCUAGGCGCAUUGGAUCAAAUCAACCAGUUAUCAAAGCACCGACGAUUCAAGCUAACGUCACUGAGAAUAUAUUGGUUCCAACAUUUGAUCCAACUGCUUUCUCUACGGAAACAUCACAGCCAAAUGAUCCUUUGCAGAUUGGUUCACAAAUGUAUGUCACAAACCCACCAAGUUAUCCGGCUCAAGUUCAAGAGAAACAAGCGCUUACAAACAUUCCGAGUAUACCCCCACCGGGUCAAUUUAUGCCGACUCCACCACCUGGUUUUGGAUCUUCAGCACCACCGAGUGUGAUUGUACCACCGACUGCUCCACAAAAAUUACCACCACAAACAUUGCCACCAAUAAACAUGCCUUCGACGAAUAUAGCAGCACCACCAAUGUUUGCGCCAACGUCUCAAGUUCCAUCUUCGAUCUUUGCGCCAUCAUCUAUACCAAUAGAUGCACCAAGUUCUGUUAUUGAAACGUCAAAGCCGCCGCUAAGUAAUAUUUUCUCACCACCUAUGGUUGCUGCUCAGUUGCCUCCUGUAGCGGCUAUACCGCCGAAUACUGGACCUCCUAAUAUAGGUCCAACUUUAUUCAAUCCACCGUCGAACACGAAUAUUGCACCGCCAUAUUUUAACCCGGCUGCGAUAACGGAGCCAACGCCAGAGUCAUUUACGGGCCCACCGAAGCCGCUAGCAGAACCACCUAAGGCCACUGAAGGGGUCAACUUUAGGAUGAUCAAAAAGCGUCCACAGUACUACUCGGGUCCGAUCGAAGGAGUUGGUUCAAUUAGCAAUAGUAUCAAACCAGUCAUACAGCCCGUAGAAUCAGGAACAUUCCAAGGUGCUAUGUUUACACCGGAGCCACCGAAAGUCGAACAAAAUGUGCCGCUAACGCCAUUUGAUAUCAGCAAGCCGAUAGAGACCGUACCUCUGAUGCCCACAUUUAACGAAAGCAGUUCUUCUAUAAAUGUCCAGCCUUCAACUUUCGAUCUAACUCAGCCACCUGCCUACCCUCAGUACGAUAUAACAAAACCCAUACAAAACUAUGAGUACAAUACAGCAUUUGACAUGAGUAGACCGACAACAGAAACCUAUGAGCGAAAAGAGGAACAGCAAGAAUCAAAAGGUUUCGGUAUAAUCGGAUCGCUAAAAUCUAAACUAAGCAGCAUUGAUAUCAAUAAGAUUCAACAUAGCGUAACAACUUUCUUUGAUCCCGCUUACAAUGGUACUAAGAAAGACGAUGCUAUUGCACCGAAAAAUGAACCUUAUGCACCGCUACAGCCUCAAGGGAACGUGAAUAAUUUCGAGAUUUUCGUACCAAGCGUACAUCCAAACCAGACAUACAAUUAUGAACAACACCAACAGGCUAUACAUGCAACUGAACAGUACUAUCGGUACCCAAAUUUCCAGAAUCAAGGGCAACCGUCAGCAAUGCACUGCUCUAAUUAUAACCACUACCCGAACCAACAAAAUACAUACGCUAAUGUCGAAACUCCAAUGAAUACUGCAAGUGUCCCGACUAACGUUGAAGGUAAUACUCCAAGGAUGUGUGAAGUAUUGUAUUCUGAACCAAUCCCACCACCAAAAAUAGAACCAAGUAAAGAAGCAAUAGCAAAGCCAAAUGAAGGAACAACAUUUGAACCUGAAGCGACCAAGGUCAUACAUAAUGUUACAACGAUAGAAGAAAAAUCUGCAAUCAGUUUCUUUGAACUCGAUUCGUUUAAUAAACAAUCGAUUCUUGUACCAGAAUACAAAACUGAUCAGCCAAUACCAAAGCCUAUUGGAUCACAAGUUACCCAAGACAGUCAGAAAGAUUUGAAUCUAACUACUGAUAAAAUAGAACUACUGAAAUCGGAAAAAAUCGCAUCAAUAUUCGAACCUAAAGUGAAACCCGAUUUAUUUGCAAAAGAUAAGGUUUUAGAUAGUCAAGAAAAUAAAUUUAAAACGGUAGAUAUGUUUGCUAGUACAAGCUUUAGUAAACCGAACAUAUCAGACUGUGGUGCACAAAGCAUAGAUUUAUUUUCAAAUACGAAACCAAAAGAGCCUAUAGAAGAGAAGGCUGACAUGCUAUUUGCGACCUUACCUGUUGAGAAUAAAGUCGAAGAUGUUAAAACUGAUGUCUUUAGCAGCACAAUGUUUAAAGACGAAGUUGCUGUCAAGGAUAAUAUUUUGGAAUAUUUGAAGAAAGAUGAUGUGCCUAUAUUAGGGGUUUCUUCAGUUCCUUUGUUUGGGCUAAGUACUAUCGUUCCCGAUAAAUCGUUAGAGUUUAUCACAGCCGAUAGUCACGCACUGGCGACCAAACACUCAAGUAUGAGUUUCUUUGAUCAUCCGCAUAAGCCGGAGGAAUGUCCAGCACCGAAACACAUCGAAAUGCUAAACAAUACAUCCAGUUUUAGUUUCUUUGAAAAUGUUGCUAACAUACCAAGUAAAGACGGCGAAAAAACUGGAAAAACAGACGUACAGGACAAAGGCAAAGAUAAACUUGAGCUAAAAGAUGAUUUGAAAAAGGAUAACGAAUUCAAUAGCCCAGGAAAAGAAAGUACUGAGGAAAAAGAUCAAAGUCAAACCGAAAAAACAGACAAAGAUAACCCAGAUGAUGAGAAUGAAUUGAAUAUAUGCGAGACUUGUCGAGAAGUAAACCAAACAGAUGACGAAGAUGACGGACAAGAUGUGACGAACCAACUUAUAGAGAAUAUAACUGCGCCUAUACAGUUAUCGAAUCCUGUAGAAGCUGUUCUGACUGAAGCAUCAUCAACUGGACCCAGCACGACACAGAUCGCACUAGACGCUAAACAAUUUGACGAAAUAUCACACAUCACAGAAGAAACUAUUGAAACUAUUCAAGUGCAAUCCGCUACGGAAUUGCUAGAAGAUGUCGACGAAAUCAAAGCUAUGAAUUACGGAUGGACAGAAGACCUUUUAAAACAGGACUACACGUUUAAUAUGGAUCCGAAUUCAAUGGGAUUCUUCGGAACUAACUCUUUGUUCUUCGACAAAGUGCCGACCAAAGCUGAGGAGAUUAAGCAUCACGAGGAUUUGUUAACUAGGACAUUGAAUCCACCAUCUGCGCCCCCAGAAGAAGAAGAUACGAAAUCCGAUCCUGGCAUCCUAGAUGUUCACUCUAUAGAACAGGAUGCUAAUAAAGAUUUCCCUCUCUUCGAAGAGUUUGUGAUCGAACCUUCAGAAAAUGAUGACGAUGGAGACUUUAAGAAGUCUGAAGAUAGAGACGAGGAUUCGUUUACAAACCGAGUGGAGAAAUAUAAACAGAUGGAACCAAACGAAGGAUCGAAAUCAUUGUUCUUUGAUGCUCCUCCUCAAACUAUCGGCAUGGCUUCAUACUUCGACACAGGAAACUUCGCUGCUGACAAUCAUUACAGGAUCACUAAAACCGGAAAUAACGCACCAACUAUCCCACCAGGUUUUGAAGAGGAAUUCCGAAAAAGAUUAGCGCUUGCGAAACUUAAAGAAGAACAACAAUUAGCUGAUAUUAAUAAGGAAAGACAAAUACCAGACACUUCUACUCAAACUCGUACGACGACUGUGGUAUCGUAUAGCACUGCACAAGCUGUCCCCACAUACUCCAGCCCUCAAGCUAUAGGGUUCAACGUAGAGGCAAAUGUAACCAAACUAGUUGAAGAACAAAAUGAUGAUGAGGAACCUACAGUAGCUACACCAAUACCUGAACCAGCGAAGCCUGCCGCACUGACUAAAGAAGAAAUAAAACCAGAACUUAAACUCCCAGAUCCCAAAAACUUUUUCGCCGACGACACUCCUGCUAAAACCGACACAGCCCCCGAAAGCUUCAGCCGUCUAGCCAGUUAUUUCAGUUCCCCCCCAAAAACAGAUCACGCUAAAUCUUUUUUUGAGUUGAGUCAAAGUCAAAAUCACUAUAGGCACGCUUCAAUCGAAAAUAAAUAUACCGACCUCAUCAAAGACUUGACCUCCGUUCAAAAUCUCGCCGCACCAAAAGAUCAAACGAUACGCCACGUGAAUUAUUUUACCGUUGAAUACGAUUCGGUGUUGCCAGAGUUAAAUAAAGGGGAUAAUAGUAAAGAGAAACCUGAUUUGCUUGAAAACGAUGAUAAAUUUGAUAUAGAUAGCUUAGUUAAUAAUUGUAUGUAUUGCGCAAAGAUUUUUGAUACUACUUUUAAAGUUAGGACGGCGACUAAUGAGAACAGUGAACAGAGUGCGAACAUACCCAAUAUGGAUGCUAAUAAAGUCGAACCUGGUCGAGGAUCAGUCACUGUCAAUUUUGAUGGGUCGACCAUUCAAGAGGAGCCAAACGAAGGAGUUGCUGGAUUAACAGAGAACCGUGCUUCCACAGAAUAUACACCCGUGAAACAUCAUUGGUUUUAUCGUGUUGAUGUGGAAGACAAGUCCAUUUGGAGAGGGUUUUCUGUCAUCGAUUCCAGAGCCCUUGAGACUGCCUAUUUAAGCCCGGAGCUUGAUGAUCAGACGCUGGUGCCUACGGAUGGAGGUCGCUAUGACGUCAAUGUUGUCGGGAGAUUGCGGAUACCGGUGUAUUGGAGUGAUAAGCCGACUAAUGUUAGAAGAUGUAGCUGGUUCUACAAAGGCGCUACCGAUGCACGAUACGUGCCUUAUACGGAACCCACUGCUGAGAAAUUAGAGGAGGAAUACCGUCACGGCAUGACGACUGGCGAGUGGCACAGACGUCUGGUCCUGCCCAACGGCGAGGUCGUCGUAAUGCAUGGGCCCAGUGUCAUGGUGCACUUCUUACACAGCGACGCUUUCAGUACUCCACCGCAAUCGACGUCCCGUCCGCGCGUGGUUCGUCGCGGUCACGACGAGUCCGAAAUCGAAGAUACGGAACCAUCCAGCAUCGAUCAUCUGCUACUCCUGUGUCAUGGAGUAGGAUCAGCCUGCGAUAUGAGGUUCAGAUCCGUCGAGGAAGUCGUGGAAGACUUCAGAGCGACUAGUCUUCAGCUCAUACAAUCCCACUACAGGAACUCCUUCGACCAGGGCGUGGUCAGCAGAGUUGAGGUACUACCCAUAUCGUGGCACGCGACCCUCCACUCGGGCGAGACGGGUGUAGACCGCCGUCUCGCUCAGAUCACUCUCGACAGCAUCCCGCGUCUGCGCAACUUCACCAACGACACCGUUCUCGACGUUCUGUUCUACACGAGCCCCGUCUUCUGCCAGACAAUCAUAGACACGGUUUGUAAGGAGUUGAACCGCAUCUACAAUUUGUUCGUACAGCGGAACCCUUCCUUCAAGGGCGGGGUCUCCCUGGGCGGGCACUCUCUUGGCAGCGUCAUACUCUACGAUCUGCUGUGCCAUCAGGCAGAAGUGUCGUCAACAGUUCCUUUAUCUGCAGACAAACAUUACGUAUCGGGGUCGGCCGGUACCGGGCAGUUAUGUGUUCGUUACCCCUGCCUUGCAUUCUCCCCGGACGCCCUAUAUGCCUUGGGUAGCCCUAUAGCCAUUUUCGAGUGUAUACGCGGUGUGGAGUCUCUCGGCGCUUCGUUUAAACUGCCGACCUGCAAGAACUUCUUCAAUAUAUUCCAUCCUUACGAUCCCAUCGCUUACAGAAUCGAACCUUUGAUCGAUCCUCGCUUGAGGGAACUCAAACCGUUUCUGAUCCCACAUCACAAAGGCAGGAAGAGAAUGCAUCUUGAAUUAAAAGAUACUAUGGCGAGAGUAGGAGCUGAUCUGAAGCAGAAGUUACUGGAGUCCCUGAAGAGCACGUGGAACAAGUGGAAGGCGCCGCCGCCCACUGAUGGGCAACUUGAGAAGGUGGUUGAAGAAGAAAUAGAGAAGGAACACCUCUGCGAGGAUAGCAAAGAAGAAUUAGCAAACGAAAGUGAACUGUCCACGCCGGAGAUGUUGGGUCGCCUGAACGGCGGCCGGCGAGUCGACUACGUGUUGCAAGAGGCCCCCUUGGAGAUGAUCAACGAGUACAUCUUCGCGAUGAGCAGCCACGUUGGAUACUGGGAAUCCGAAGACACGAUGCUGUUGAUGCUUCGAGAGAUAUAUUCAGCGUUGGGCGUCCAGCCCGACUCCACGGUACCGCAACAAAACAUGACGGUGCAAAGAACUAGGACUGCUAAACCGGAUGAGACCAUAGUCAUUGGCCAUGCUUCGGCCUUGUCCCGAAGAAAAGUGUCUCCUCACGCUAACGCUGACGAAUCACUCAAAUGUAUUGAACCGACAAGUCAAAGUUAGGGCGUCACCCAAACUCAUACUCGAAAAAUUCAUUCAAAUCUGUUCAGCCGUUUACGAGGAUUUCAGUGAUAUACACACGUACGGUAUGGAAUUAUAAUAUAAUUAUAAUUAAAGACUAGCCGGUCCAACAAACGUUGUUUUGUCAUAUAAAUUAUGUAUAGGGAAU